CCCUGCCUUUGAGGCAACAUAUUUAAGUAGGGACACUUUGCACACAAGGAAUUGAGGACAGUUGUGAAAACCAUCUAAAAUGGGGAAGAUCAUCUUCUAUGAGGACAAAAACUUUCAGGGUCGAUCAUAUGAGUGCAACUGUGACUCAGCUGACUUGCACUCAUUUUUCAGCCGUUGUAAUUCCAUCAGAGUUGAAAAUGGAAACUGGAUGAUCUACGAACACCCCAAUUACAAGGGACACCAAUAUUUCCUGAAAAAAGGAGAAUACCCUGACUUCCAGCAGUGGUUGGGAUUCAAUGAUUCAGUCAGGUCCUGCCGCUUAACACCACAACAUCGUGGAACUUUCAAGAUCAGGGUUUAUGAGAAAGAGGAUUUUGGUGGGCACAUGAUGGAAUUCACUGAAGAUUGUCCCAAUGUCCCUGAACGUUUCAGGAAUAAUGACAUCCACUCUUGCAGCAUCCCUGAAGGCCAGUGGAUUUUCUAUGAAGAACCUAAUUACAGAGGUCGUCAAUAUUACCUGAGACCUGGAGAGUAUAGAAGAUUCUCUGACUGGGGAGCAAGCAGUCCCAAAAUCAUCUUCUACGAGGACAAGAACUUCCAGGGCCGCUCUUAUGAAUGCAGCUCAGAUUGCUCUGAUCUGCACUCUUACUUCAACCGAUGCAAUUCCAUAAAGGUAGAAAAUGGAAACUGGAUGCUCUACGAAUUUCCCAACUACAAAGGACACCAGUAUUUUCUGAGAAGAGGGGAGUAUCCAGACUUUCAGCAGUGGAUGGGAUUUAAUGACUCUGUAAGAUCCUGUCGCCUAACACCUCAGCACCGGGGCUCUUACAAGGUUAGAAUCUACGAGAGAGAGGACUUUCGUGGUCAAAUGAUGGAGUUCACUGAAGAUUGUUCCAGCGUCCAUGAGCAAUUUCGUUAUCAUGAGAUAAACUCCUGCAAUGUUCUUGAAGGAUACUGGAUAUUCUAUGAAGAACCCAACUAUAGAGGACGUCAGUACUACUUGAGACCUGGAGAAUACAAAAGAUACAGUGACUGGGGAGCUAUGAAUAGUCGUGUUGGCUCAUUCAGACGAGCCACAGAUUUAUACUAAGAAUGUCCAUGCCGCAAAACUUCACUUUUGUUUAUGGCAUAUAUUUAAGUAUUUUAUUACUGCAUUUCACUUAAGCAAAUCAAAUAAAAAGAACAUAAACAUGCUUAAAA